AUGGCUAAGAGACCCUUAGGUUUAGGCAAACAGAACAGAGAAAAGAGGAGAAAGGUGGAGAAUGGUGAAAAGAAGAACGAUGAAGCUUCCAGAGAAUCCACGCCAUUAAGAAGCCAAAUGAGCGUCGAGCUUGAUGAUGACGCUGACUUGGAUGACGAAUUGGCCCAAUUGAAAGGUUUAUGGUCCAAGUAUUUCCAUUCCGACAGGGACGACGAAUAUGUUUUGAACGGUAUUGUCCACGAGUGUGACAGAUUACUACGUCUUUCCGAGGAAAAAGAGGAAAUUAAGAAGACUUUGAACGAUGUCUUUCAUGGUAUAUAUGCGUUAGCCCUGUCUGAAUUGACUAUUUUUAAAGCGGGCGAUGAAGAAGUCACUGAAGAAAAGAGAAGAAAAGAUGUAUCUUCAUUUUUUAAAUGUGCUAUCGAAAGAGUCGAAUCGGGCCUUUCACGUUUUCCCGACUCCCAGUUCUUGAAACUAGUUCUGGCGAAGAUCAUUUUCCAGAGAAUUCCGUUGGAACACAUUUCCAUUCUCGAUUCUAAAUCAAAGGAUGAAAAACUCGAUCUCGUAGAACAAUUUGAAUGUGGUAAGAAGCAUUUCUCAAUUUACGAAAACGACACAGAAUUAACGUACGAGGUUCUACAGAUGAUGAAUGAUUUAUUGGACAUUGUUGAGAAUUUUGGCCGCGAACAAUCCAUGCAAGAAGGUAUAGAUAGUGAUAACGAAGAGGAUGAUGAACUCGUUGAUAUCAAAUUAGAACCAGAACAUCCCGUAUUUCCUUUACAACAAUCAUUGGAGGACAACUAUGAGUGGUUAAGAGAACAUUUUGGCAAAUUGUUGGACGGCAUGGACACCAAUUCGGAAAUGUACCCAUCCGUCGCCAACACCAUCGGUGAACUAUACUUAAAGAAGGCUGAAAAACCUGGUAGAAUUUUCCUAAGUGUGCAGUACAACGAUGACAGUGCUGAAAAGGCCAGUGAUAAAGAAGCCAUGGAGGCACAGAAAUCCGCUUUGAAACAUACAAAGAAGGCUUUGCAGUAUUUGGAAAAAGCAAAAUCGGAGGAUGAUCCAGACACCUGGGUCCAAGUCGCCGAAGCGUACAUCGAUCUUGGUAACUUACUUGACAACGAAAGCGCUGAACAAGAAGGAGCUUACAAAACUGCCGAAGAAAUCUUGAGCAAGGCCAACAAGGCCUCCCAUGGCAAAUUCCAAGAUAUUCUUGACAAUUUCUCACGAAACUAA